AUGGAUAGGGAGCAUGGUGGAGUUUGUGGUUGUGGUAGUGGUGGUGGUAGGGAUGGCGCUUGUGGAGGUGGUGGUGGAGUUGGUGGUGGUGGUUGUGGUGGUGGUUGUGGUGGAGAUGAAGGUGGAGUUGGUGGUGAUGGAGGAGGUGGUGGUGGCGGUGGCGAUAGUGGUGGCGGUGGUUGUGGAGGUAGUGAAUGUGGUGGUGUAAGUGGUGGAGUUGGAUGUGGAAGUGGAGGUGGUGUUAUUUUUUAA